ACAUGUCCUCAAUUCACCUGGCGCAGAUCGUGGAUAUCCAAACAUUCACCCACCAUGGAGGAAAUCUUGCAAGAGUAUCCACGCUUCUUGGAUAUACCAACACUGCUUGAUACAGAGUUUGGUAAAAUGCAUCAAGGAAAGGGGGACCUGUUCCUAAGGCGGUGGGAGGCCAGCAUCAUGCCAAAGCUGAAAGCUGUUGCUGCCAGGGAGAAGGGUGAUGUUGCAUCUCUUGUUGAAGGGAUGGAAGAGCAAACUGAAGAUGAGAAGUGCUACAUUAUGUUGGUCGUCCUUACUCAUCUCCUUCCACCAAUUGCAGCAAGCCACUGUAGCGUCAAGUCUGCCAUUACACAACUCGUUGAUUUUGUGCCGGCAGGAAGUACCAUUGCCUCCCUCUACAAUGCAUCCCAGGAUCCAGCACAGAGCACACAGCCACAACUAGUCAGCAUUGGUCAUCUAAGGGGAGGGUCACAGCAGUAUGUCAUUGUGGGCAAGUCUGACAAGAUUGCUAUUCCCUUGGAUGAAGGCCUGGCAUGUGCUGUGGACAAGCUCUUCAAGCUCUACUGGGUAUGCAACUUGGCCUACCCAGCCCCGCUCAGCUCUGUGUUCUCAUCCAUCGAGUACAUUUACGAUUUACCCAUGUCAACAAACAGGAGAGCAAAGGUAUUGGAACUCAUUUCAAAAGUCAAGUCUAUUAAUUAGAUCCCACCAAAAUGUACAGUUGUCCAAGAUGUCCGUCAAGAUUCACACAGAUAAAGAAACUGAUGUGGCACCUUCGUGAAAUACAUGCAUUGUCAGAGGGAUUGGAGUUCACACUUACUUGCAGCCAAGAUGGUUGUCCAAGGACAUACCACAGCAUUAAUUCAUUUACCAAGCACCUUUCUAGAGAGCACCAAAUAGCAAGUACCACAGUUGUUGAGCCUUCUCUUCAGACCUUCCCAACAUUUACUGACUCCACAGGGACCAU